UUGGCAGCACUGAAACCACUUCCAGCGAAAAUCAAGAAAGUCACAAACGUGGAAGUUUGGAAAUUCUUCAUCGAAAAAAACACGUCAAAAUUUAAUCAAAGCAGAAAAGUCUUAAGAAAUAUUAUCACAUUUGUGCCACAACUUAAAAGUAUUGAUGUAAACUUAAAAAAAAGUAUUAAUAUUGUAUUCGAAAAGAGUAGUGACCUUGGUUCGCCUGAAGCACAUUUCUCUAGUAGUGUCCUAGGAGAGCGCUGUGGAAAACAAUUCGGUGGGCAAUCAAAUAUUUGUGUGAUCAAAGGUGCAAUAAUAAUAAGCACCAUGUCCAGUACAGCCGCAGGCCCUACCAAACAGGAUAUUGAGGCAGUGUUUCAUCGCUUACGUGCCCAACCUGCCAAUAAAGUUUGCUUUGAUUGCUCGGCAAAGGCACCCACUUGGUCUUCCGUCACAUAUGGAAUUUUUAUAUGCAUCGACUGCUCCGCAGUACAUCGCAACUUGGGUGUCCACUUGACCUUUGUGCGCUCAACGAAUUUAGACACAAACUGGACGUGGCUGCAAUUGCGUCAUAUGCAACUUGGCGGCAACGCGAAUGCAGCUCAGUUCUUCAGGCAACACAACUGUGUCACCACCGAUGCCCAGCAGAAGUAUAAUUCGCGUGCGGCCCAAUUGUAUCGCGACAAAUUGACGUCCCUGGCCCAACAAGCAAUGAAAGUGCAUGGCACAAAGCUGCAUUUGGAAAAUACUGUAGACAAGACGGAGGGGAAUGAGUUGAAAUCAACCAACGACGCCGAGGAAGAUUUCUUCGCUGAAUGCAUUAAUGAUAACAAUAAGAAAGCGCAUUUCGAGAACAAUAACAGUGAGCUGGAAACAAAGCUCGACAUUCUAACAAAAGCUGCUACUCCGACGCCCUCUAAUAACAAGACAUCCGGUGAAGCCACUGGUGCAGGAGCUCCCAGCGUAGAUUUUUUGAAUUCUGUGGUACCAUCGCCGGCUGUGACACCUUCGAUAGGUGUGCGUAAGAUACAGCCAAAGAAAUCUGGUUUAGGCGCUCGCAAAGGAGGUCUCGGCGCCACCAAGGUUAAGACAAAUUUUGCUGAAAUCGAGCAACGGGCAAAUUUGGCCAAUCAGUGCAAGGAGGCGCCGGUAGUUUCUAAUCCAAAAUCUGCUGAAGAGGAGCUCGAGUCGGUAGCUAGCAUGCGUCUGGCCUACAAGGAUCUGUCGAUACAGAAGACACGCGAAGAAGAGAAACUGAAAUCGAUUGACCCAGCUAAAGCAAAGCAGAUGGAGCGCCUCGGCAUGGGGUUCAGCCUACGCGGCUCGGAUGUUUCGCAUUCAGCUUUAAGUGAUAUGGAAACUAUACAGCAAUCGAUUGCACCCAAGACGGCACCAUCACAAGUCAAGAGUUCUGGUAUAGGAAAUAGUGACGAUAUGGCUAAUAUUGAUAGCGUUUUAGGCGAGUAUUCGUUCGAACUAUAUAUUGACAAUGUUGGUGGCGGCGGUCGUGGCAAUAGCGGCACCAAAAGUUCGAAAUUGGAUAAAAGUGAAUUAGAAAUGAUGGGUUUUGAAACAAUUGAACCAAUCGGCGGUGGACAUUCCAACAUUACAUCGAUGUUCUCUGAUGCUGAUGGUGAUGGUAAGCCAACAACGACUACAAAACUGUCACAGUCAGCCAGCAGCAGCGACAAUGUGGCACGCAAAACUUUAGCUAAAUCAAAAUCGACGAGUGUUGAUGAUACUUCGGCACAACAGAAAUUCGGCAGUGCUAAGGGCUUCGGUUCGGAUCAGUUCUUUGCUUCAGAUGCAAGUAAAACAGAUAGGAGGAAAGCCAAUUUGACGCGUUUCCAGAACUCUGAUAGUAUAUCGUCGUCGGAAUAUUUCGGUGGCAGUAGAAACGGUCAAGAAAAUCGGGGUGCGAGGGGCUACACAACUGGCGUCAACUUUCAGGCACCAGAUUUAGAUGAUGUUAAGGAGAGUGUGCGGCAGGGUGUACAUAAAGUUGCUGGACGUCUCAGCUCGCUCGCAAAUGAUGUUAUGUCAUCGAUUCAAGACAAAUAUGGCUACUGAUAGAAAAUAUCCAGGCAUUCUGCGUUUACACGAGAUUUCCAUUUAUUAUGCAUAAUUAAUGUUUACACACUUGAAAGCGAUAUGAAGCGUAAAUUGCUGUUCGGCUUAAUCGGAAACAAAAAAGAAAACUUUCAAUUAUAUAUAUAAAUAAACUCUCAAUUAUAGGCCUACAAAAUUGCAACAAAAACAAAAACAAAAAAAAACGAAAGAA